AGGGGAGUGUUGUCCCAUAUGUGGAAAAAAAGCAUAGCAGUGCACACACGGGUCUGCUCCGCUCCAGGGAUUAUUUUAGUGCUUUCAGAUCUGAUGGAGGACAUGCAGGCAUGAAUAGGGCUGUUCGGUUGUCAGUGCAAGCUCAUGCCAGUGAUGGACUACAGCCAGACGGACGCUAACCUUAGCUGGCAUUCACAAAACAGCAUUCCUCUUUACUGAGACCAGCUCCACAGAAUGCUGAGUCCUAUUGUCCCCUAUAGUCUGUUAAAGAUGCACUGGAACCCAGAGCAUGCCCAGCCCCUCAGCCAGUGGCCUGAGCAGCACCUGGACGUCUCCUCCACCACCUCCUCUCCGGCCCACAAGUCGGAAUUCUACUCUGGCCGCAGCCGCUCAUCCAGUAACUACGCUUGGGCAAAUGAUGACAUCUCUGCCCUCACAGCCUCCAACCUGUUGAAGCGCUAUGCCGAGAAGUACUCUGGUGUACUGGACUCACCAUAUGACCGGCCACCUACUGUGGGCGCCUACCCAGAGCCAGGAGUCUUUGGGGGCCUCAACGGCCAGAAGACUGAGCUGGAGCCGUGGCCACUGACACACAGCACUGAUGCCUCCUAUUCCCUAGUGCCCCCUGGAGGCCAUGACAGCCACUCAGGUUCCAAGUCUGUAGCCACAUCCGCGGGCCCUCCUGGGGUCGGCAGUGUGUCAGUGGUGAACAGUAACCUCUCAGACUCUGGCUAUAGUGGCAGCAGCUCCUGCAGUGGCUCCAGCGAGUACCCAUCUAGCUACAAUGGCACCUAUCUUUCCUCAGGGUACUGUCCCCAACCCAGUGCAGCACUUCCCCCUGCCUCCCUCCACACCCUCCAAUCCACCCCAACUCUGGUGCCCAGCUAUAGCCCUACCACACCUGUCUAUAACUACCCCCCCAGCACAUACCCUCCACAGACUACCCUUGCCCCCAGCUAUAGCCACCCCUCUGCAACGUACCUGCCCUCGGGUCUACCAGCCCCUACUCCUGUUCCAUCGAGACCCACAGUAGUAGGAGGCAGCUAUAGUUACCAGAGCAGCAACCUUGGGACAUCUGAAUCUGGAGGGACACUAAAAAGAAAAGCAUUUGAGAUGAGUGUAGAAGAGGAUGAGGGUGGGGAUAGCUCUCGUUAUAGGAAAUAUAGUUAUGACCCCUUGAAGGCCGGGGGACACUCACCCUACAGUGUGAAUGACAAAACAGAGUGCCGGGGAAAUGGCUUCAGCAGUUCAGGCAGCACAGACCCUCAAACCUUCAAGUCCAGUAAGCCCUCCUCUCAGCCCCUGGUGUCUCCUCAGUAUGGGGCAGCAGGGGAGUACAGCCCUCCUGCGGGCAUGACAGGGGAGAAUGGAGUGGCGGAACAGGGCUUCACCCAACAGCAACAGCAGCACUGCUCCCAGGCCCACAAACGCCCUCCACUGUGUGGUCCAACUGUUGAGACUCUGAAGAGCCCAGACCCACGAAUGUUGGACCUUGUCAGUGGAGAGUUUUUGGACUGUAGCCCAGCCCUAAGCUGGGGCGAGCUCGCUGGGCUCACCCAUGUCAAGGCUGCACUGGAGGAGGACCUGCUGUGGCCCGUGUUGAGGCCCAGUCCAGUGAUGCGGCCACCAAGAACCGUCCUGCUGUUUGGCCCCCGGGGAGGGGGUAAGACAACGUUGACUCGUUCUUUGGCUACACAGCUGGGGGCAUCCUUCUACCGGUUGAGUGGAGCGAUGCUGGCAUCUAAAGGGAAGGCUGAGGCAGAGCACAUUCUGGGGUCAGUGUUGCAGGUGGCAGCGGCACGGCAGCCUUCAGUGAUACUGCUCAGUCAGGUGGAGGCCAUGGAAGAGGAGGGGCUGAGACAGACACUGCUCACCAUUCUGGAGAAAGCCCAGGUGGGCACCACAGGUCUGGUGAUUCUUGUAUGUGCCACUGGCAGGCCAGAUCUGCUGCAAGAUGCAGUCCAUCGGAGCUUUGCCAAGCGUUAUCACGUUGGCCUGCCAGAUGUGGGAAUGCGUAGGCAGGUCCUGCUGCAAGCGCUGUCGCCCCAGGGCUGCAGCCUGAGUGAGAGGGAGCUGAGUGCUGUGCUGCAGCGCACUGAGGGCUUCUCAGUGUGGGAGCUGCUGCAGCUUAGCCAGCAGGCGCUGUCCUCAGCAUCCUCCCCGACUGGGGCCAUGCAUGGCCUGCCCACAGCCUCCAAAUCCCCAGCCUUCACAGACUUUGAGAAUGCCUUCUGCAAGGUGCGCCCACACACCACCACAAAAGAACUGGACACUUGUAUAGAGUGGAGCAAGAUGUAUAGCCACUGAAAAAGCAGCCAGUCACUGUACUCGGACUGCCUUGUGAUCCCGUCUUUGCUUUCGAUAUGGCAAGCCUUCGGAAUGUUUUGUUGUUGUUUUGUAUUUACCAAUUAUGCAGCCAAAAGAGCCAGACAAGCUCAAAGGUACAGGAGAGCUGACAAAGUAGUUUUACUGGCAUGAGCAUGCCAUGGUGUGUUGUUUUUGUUUUGCUAUGAAUAUCAAUAUUUUAUUUUUUCCCAAAGAAAGGAAACAUGAAUAGGCCUUGUUGAGUGGGGUAGUGUUUUAGUCAUUUGGUCAAUGGGAAAAUCAAAGAUAGCUAUUUGGAUACUCUGAGAGAUCCUGAUUAGCCUUGGUCCAGGACAAAAUCAAUUAUUUGUUGCUAGGUGACGUGGUCCAAGAUUAUGGAUAAUCAGGGUUUGUAGAAUCCCCCUUUUGACUGCUACUCUCAGGAUUCUAUUUAUUGCCAGUCCACUUCCAUGUUAUCCUAAUGUUAAUUCAGUUAUUGGAUUUCGGCUAAUAAUUUAGCAUGACGGGCUUGGGAUCUGCAACUUUUCAGCAAAACAGUUUCUUGACCAAAAAUAUGUCAAACCAAAUGCAUACAUAGCUGUGCUGUUAUUUCUCAAAGCAGACUGGUCCUCAAAAUCACAAAAGAUUAAUCUGUCUCAACAGCUGUUCACCAAGUCAAACAGUUACUCCUUACUACACUGAAAAAUAAAGAAAAUCAAAUGAAUUUUAUGAUUUCCAGACUUGCAGCUGCCCUUCCCUGGAGAUCAGUCGUUCAAGUGAAACCUUGCAGUUACUCUCAACGUGUUUGGUUGUAGAAAUACUUCACAUGUAUCUUUAAAGAACUCACCAUUGGUACUAUAUACACACUUAAAAUGAUACAAUUCACUGAAAAUUUACUUUAUCAUUUUUGGGUUGUUGUCCUUGACUUCCACAUAAAUUUGUUAUUUAUCUCACAUUCCUCAACCACUGCAGUUUUCCUGAGAAUCCUACAAAACAACACCACCUGCACACAGCUUCUCCCACAGCGUGUCUGUUUUCUAUUUCACUUACUUCUUUUGUUUUGUAGUAUGUAGUCUUGUUUGAAAUGCUCAGGAAAAAUUUCUUUACCUCAGAAAUAUAAAAUAAAGAAUGUAUGUAAUCUUAGGGUCUUAGUAGAGAGUGGCGAGGAGCAAGGAAAAGGAGCGAGGGGAAACCUGACAGUCUUUUAAUACCCACUGCAGCUGGGCUUUUACCUCGGGAGAGAAACUUGAAUAUGCUACAAAGAGUAACAUUGAAUGUAAUUCAGGUAUUUCAAAGGAUAUUUGAUGCCAUAAAUCCAUGUAUUAUUAUAUAUGAAUAUAUAAAUAAGUUUUCUUUUAUGUUCUUUUACCCUUUAUUUUUAUUGUAGUUUAUGGUGGAAUGAUGAAAUGCGAUGUAGAAUACAGAAAAUAUUCCUUUUUUUGUUGGACAAACUGCUUGAAAAUCUCUGUGUUAUGUAGCAUUUACAUAUCCUGCAUAUGCAUGUCUGCUGUUUAUAGUUUUUCAGCUGCAAAAUAUCACUUGAAAAUGUUAAUAUAAUGCACACAAUCACACACGUGCACUAAUAGUGAACAUCUGAGCACAAUACUAAAAUAAAAAAAGGCAACAAACACAUUUGCAAAAAUGUUUAAAAAUCAAGUGUGUAGCUUUUAGCAAAUCCCAAAGUAUAAAUAGUCACAGUUAAUGUGUACAUAUUGUGGAUGAACCCAACAUGUAGACAAUCCAGAGAAACCUUCCUUUCCCAGCAGUCUUUCGGUUCUGUUUUAACAAGCUGGAAAAACCUGGUCACUGGACUGCAGGUACAGAGGUCGUGCGUAUUAGACUGUUGCCAUGGUCCUCAGGAGGUAUACACAGUAUGAUGUAAUAUUUCCUACCCCCCCUCCCCCUCCCUCUCUCCCUCCCUCCCUCAUCAUUCUUUUUCUCUUUUUCUCUCUCCCCAAUGCAAUCUCAUUAGAUUGGAUUGCCCCCUGGCCACGAGCCCCAGUGGCCAUGUGGCGUUGUAACCCCCCCCCCCCCCCCCUCACCCUUUCCCUUAUACUUAUUCCUCUGGAGUGGAAGUGGUCUGAUUGAUGUCCAGCAACCCUAUAUCACAGUGCAGCCUUCCCUCUCCAGCUGGUGGCUUCAGUCAUGCCAUACAGCCAGAUCAAUCAGAGUGACCACUGCUGUGCAUACUGUUCACCAUCUAAGAAACUGAAAACACAUUUACAAAUUACGGAAGCCUCAAGCUGUACAGUCUUGAUGAUGCAAGUGAUUAUUCACAUGUAAACACAGAAAUUAAAUAAUAGUGAUGAGUUAGGGGUUAGUGUUAGGGUUAGCGACAACACACAACUCCCGACAGUUUGUCCAACAAAACAAGUUUUUAUUUUUUACAUGUCUUGAUCUGUUAUUGCGGUAAAUUUGUUCUUGGUUAUUGUACAUUUUCUGUAACCAUUUCUACCUCAUUUUUGCGGCAUAUUGUACAUGAAAGUAUUUAUUUCAUGUCUUUUUUGAUGUCUGUUUUGAAAAAUGAUAAUAAUGUUCUUGAACUGUAAUGGUCUACCUCAGAAAAGACUGUAUUUUAAGAGAAGAGUAUCACACAAUAUUAAACAUAAUUU